GGCCAUACUUUCGGGUUACAAAAUAAAAUUUUCAGUACCUACCAAAUAAAAUAUUUUAACAAGACAGGGCCGAGGGAAAGAAUACAGUCAUGGAGCAAAUGUACCUGAUAGAGAUUUUGAUUGAUAGAGUUAAAGUGUUCGCCAAAGAAAUUGAGCACAGCGAAGACAAGAAGCUCAUUAUAAAGACAAAAUUUGGACCGAAAGUUGAAUUCAUUAUAAAAGAAGGUCAGCUGGCGAAAAAUCCAGACGAAAAAGAUGAAGUCUUCGAAGAGAACGGCAUAAAGAAAUGGGCAAGAAGCAUUCGUGUUGGCAAAUCGUACCUUUUCCCUUCUUACCCUGAUACUAUACUAAUGAUCCUCAACAAAUUCCCCCUAGAAAUCGAAGUUUGGACCGAUGACAAAAAAGAAGACUCGAACGAAUUCAUAGGUAUUGGAACUAUGUAUUGGGAUAAUAACUUCUUCCACAUGUUGAAAGCUAAUACAGACCCGUGCAGAAUUUAUGAACCACUAACUCUGAAACAGAGUACGACGCUCAACGCUGAAUGCUGCUGUAGGGAAGUUGGAGAGAUAGAAUUUAUUCUUCGUUUAAGUGCACUUGGCGAAAGCAUAAUAACAGAGUUUCAACAACUUAUGAAAGAACCUGAUAAUUUCGUGUUUAGAACUAAUAAGGCGCCGGGUAUGUUUAAAUGUAAUCAAGUUGAUGGCAAUGAUCCCAAUUUUUGUAUGGUUGGUAGUCUUUACGAAACCACUACCUUGAAUAAUCCAGUUUAUAAAAAUGAAAGCCAAGAGAAAAUUCUUGCAUGUACAAAUGUGGACAGUUGUAAACAUAGCCAUACGCAUGUUGAAUCAAAAUCUAAGUCUGUAGAUAAGAAACAAAUUAAAAAAUAUCCUAUAGAUAAAAUACGUAUGGGAGAUAUAACUGGGCCUUGUGGAAAUACUAGCUGUCCUUUAGCACAUAAGGUCAAAAGGUAUAUUCGAAACUUAGACACGUAUAAAAACGCAACUAAAGGUUUUAUAGGUGGAACGAAACCCGUUGAUCCAACCAAAGUUUGUGGCAGUUGUGUUUGUAAGGACGACCGCGAGCACAGAAUGGACUGUCCAGAUAAACAAAUGCAAGGAAAACAGAGUAAUAAAGCAUUGUGUCUUAACUGUGGGGGUAUCACACACGCAGGAGAGACGUGCGCAGAAUUAAAAGGUAAAAUGUACGGUACUGGCGCUACGCCUAAAGGGAGUAAAAAUCUGAUGACGUAUGUUCUACACACCCAUAAAAAUAACGACUUCAAAGAAUGUAUGUACGACAAACAAUACGUGUCACGACAAUUUGAUACCGAUGUAAAUAGCUCUGACAGUUGCAGCUCAAGUUCAAACUCUCACGAUCUCCAUAAAAGUUUAGAUGACAUUACGAUACAGCAGGCGAACCUAGGAAAUGCGCUUAACCACCCCAAUCUAUACGAUUUUAAAAUAUCAGAGUCAAAACGAAAGUUCGCCAUCCUUAAUUGUUAUGAAGUAUCGGUUAGCAAAGACUGCAAAUGUAGUGCGUCUGAGGAAGUACAUAAGAAAACAUGUAAAGCUGCUGAUUGUAAAUGCCUCGCUAAAGCUAGGAGUCUCGCUAGUCGAAAGGCACAUAAGCCAUACUGCCCAUCGUAUAAGCACAAAGACAACUGUCCAGUCACAACAAUGUUACACGAAGAAAACGAAACGAAUGAAAAUGAAGAAGAAGAGAAUCAUACUGAGCCACUACCGUACGGAUUACCACCGAUCACUCUCGGACCCUGUCCUGUUAUAGGCAGACCCUGCACAGUACCAGAUGGUUUCGCAAGAAUGUACAAAGCAGCAGCAGUCCCCUCUUUGCCACCGAGUUACAGCGAAGCCGGUAAAGUGUGCUGUUCGAAGGAAUUUGAGAGAAUUAAGAAAGCGCUAAACGAUUACAUGGCACCUGAAAAAACUCAAGACCUGCGAUGUGUCAAAGAAUUUAACGCUGAUACAGACAGACGAUGCUGUGAUAAGGAACAAACGUUAAUGUCUCUAACAGGUAAAGACUGCUGCGGCGCUCAUAAGCUGGCGAUACAAGAGAAAUACAAACGGACACAAAACGGAACUAAUUAGA